GUAAAUUCGUUUGUUUUGUAACAUUUUUGCUUAUCUAUAUGUUUUGUUAUCUAUGAUAAACGUAAAUUUAUUGUUUACAUCAAUAUUUAAACUAUCCAAUUAUGUUGAGCUGAUAGAGAAUUCAAAGUUAUAUGCUUGAAAAAUAACUUCAGACAAAUAUCAAGCUCAGAGUGACAAUAUUCAACCAUGGACAAUAUUAUGCGAUCUAUUCAAGGAUGUAAUGUCAUUCGUUAUAUAUCUUAUAGAACUGCUGCAAAAAUGCAAAUAUUAUAUAAAGAAUUGAUGAUGCAACAUGUACAAUUGGAAUUAAUAGCUGGAGUAUUUGAACGUCAUAGACUUUCAAUCACUGAAAAUAGUGUUAAUUUAGAUUCGAGUGAGAUUGAGGAUGUUCUAUCUGAUAUUUAUUUUGCGGCACAGAAAGAAAGUAAUUUUAAUUUUGAUGUUGAUUUUGUAACAAAGCUUGCUACAAGUUACAUUCUAAACACUUUUGACAAACAAAAUACUGGAAAUAUUUUAGUGUUUUCAGUAAAAGUUGCAUUGGUAUUAUUAAGUAAUGGUAAAUUACAAGAAAAGUAUGGAUAUUUGUAUCAGCAGCUAGCUGAUCACAAUGCAUGUUUAUCUAGAGCUGGUUUGCAUACCUUAUUAACAAAUAUCUGCAAAAUAACAGAAAUGUUUGGAGAAACUGUUACAUAUGGAUAUGAACAAAUUCAGACACAUAUAGAUGCCUGUUUUGUAAAAUCUCAAGGUGGUCUUGGAGUUACUGAAACAGAGUUUGCUGCAUGGAUCAUGCAGGAACCUCCUCUGCUUGUUUGGAUAACAACAUUCAAUCGAAUAAAAUCUGCAGAACAUAUUGUACAUAAUAUCAGAUGUUCUUCAUGUAAAGUAACACCGGUACAGGGACCGAGAUAUACAUGUUUGAAAUGCACAGGAUACCAUCAAUGCCAAGAAUGUUUUUUCUUAGGCAAGACAUCAAACAAGCACAAGCUGAAGCAUCCAAUUCGUGAAUUUUGCGUGAAGACUUCACAUCGCGAAGUUACAAAAUUGAUCAUUGAAUUAAUUAGAAACAAAUUGAGACUGUGUCCCACCAGAACAAUCACAAUAGAGGAUCCAAUUAUAGAUGCUACUAGUAAUGAAACAAGACAUAUAGAUUAUGGUUCAGUAAGGAGUACUAUUAAACGAAAGAUUCUCAGUGAUCCACAAAAAGAAUUACAAAGUAUCAUAAUGCAUUUGGAAGAGGAAAAUCGACAAUUGCAAAUUGAAUUGCUUGAUAUACAAGGCACCAAAGCAGAAAGGUUACAACGUCAUAGAGUGACCAUUGAAUCUCAAUUACAACGAUUGAAAACGCUUAAGAAAUAUUUAUUUACUGAUAUGACUCAAGUACCACAGAUUAUCACUCGUAUGCAAAGCACCCCGAUGUUACCGCCUUUAUCAUCCAGACUUACAGCACUGCCUUUAGAAUUCGAAUUAAGUCCAAUUAUCAGGCAAGAUACUGCAGAUCAACAAAAAACACUUCAAAGAAAAGACAAAUUAAUAUCAGAUAGUUUUAAUACUUCAUCACCUAUACAACAUACAAGAGAGGAAGAUAACACCAAUGCUCUUUCUUGCGCUCAAGAGACUUUUACGAGUUCUGGGUUCGGUAAUAUACCAGAAAACAGUCGUAUGGAAUUAAGUACUUGGAUUGGAGGAACAAGGAGAGAAUUGAGUACAACUGACAGUGAUUUCUCUCAGUGGCUGGCUGCUGGCAAUUCAAAUUGCAAGAAUAAUUAUGUAGCUAAUGCAGCAAUUAGUAAUACAAAUAAUGACUCAUCGCUGGUAGCUUCUCAAUCCCCUACAGGCAUUCAUAGAGACAAUACUCCAUCUUCCUUGCAACGGCCUGACAAACAUUCACAACACAGUAGCUUGCAAAAUAUUCAAGGAGAUCUUAAUGAUAUAUUAGACAGAUUGCAAAAUAUGGUUGCUAAUGACUGUUUGCUUGAUGAAUCGUAUGACGGCAAUGACAAUUGUAAAUUGAAACGUGCUACAACAGAAAUGGAAGAUCUAUUAACUGGUUUAAUUGAAGGUAUGGAGUCUCGUAAAAGUAAACUUACUACUAUUGUCUGAAGGGAUUAAUAUUUCAAAUAAAAAAUCUAAGUAUAGUAAUUUAAACAUUUUUAUAUUGCAAUAAUUUUUUCGUUUAUGCAUAAUUUCAAUAAAAAUCUGAAAUACUUUUUUUUAUCUUUUAUUAGUGAUCAUUAGUGGCAUAAUUAUGAAACUACAUACAGGAUGGGUCCAAAAAAUUUUGACCAAAUUUUAUAGGAAAUUUAAUUCUGAACAAGAAGUUUUCUAUAAAUAUAGUAAGAAAAAAUGCUUUCUUAAAAAAUUAACGUUCAAAAACUUCCGAACUCACACAUUAUUAUUUUAUACAUGUUUACAAUAUCAGAGAAAGCAUACGUUUUUUUUAAUAAAAAGCACCGAAAUAAAAGUUGUACAGAAUUAAAUAAUAUUUCAAUGAGAUUAAAACGAUUAUAGUACAUUUCAUAUAUUUUUAGUUUCAAAUAUACAAAAAAAAUGUUUUUUUAGUUAUUGACGAUUUUUUAGAAAAAUUUCAGAGAUUUUUGGGCGCUAACUUUUUAAGAAAGCAUUUUUCGACCUAUAUUUAUAGGAAACUUUUUGUUUAGAAUUAAUUUUCCUAAAAUCUGAAAGUUUGGCCAAAACGUUUGGACCCAUCCUGUAUAAAUGUGCCAUUUUAUGACAUUAUGCAUUAUCCAAAGAAUGUAAUAAAUAAAUGUAAUAAAUAAUUUAGUUUUUAUAAACAAUAAUGUAUGGACAAAGAUUACAUUCGAGAUAUCACACUAUAAUCAUGUAGUUAUACUUAACACAAUGAUUACAAAUGUAAUUAUAACCAUUAUAUUUGAUAGACUAGAACAUUUUUUGACAUAUGUUUUCUAUAUGUAUAUGUAUUUAUAUAAUAUUUGUGCAAUCAUGAAAAAAGUAAUCUAUUUUAAUAUUCUUAUUAACAAAGAAUUAUGUCUUAUGAUUGUCUAUAAAAAAAUAUGGAUAAGUUUUAUAUAUUCAUGUGCAUCUAACUCUAUUCAAAAGUUAUAAUUUACUUGUAAUUAAAAAAUUAUAAUAAACCUCGUU